UUUAUCUAUUCCUUAGGAGAAUUCCAACAGUUUAGACUGUUAAUCAUGGAAUUAGUGUAGUGUUGCUGAUUUUUCUCACCUGUUAGUUGAUGUAUUCCCCUUUUUAAAGACUACUGAAUAAUGAAUGAAGUUCAUUCUCAGUCACUUGUUUACUAGCUAUCAAAGAUCAGUUUUGUUCAACACAGGCUGAGUGCUUCAUGGAGUCGACGAUGACAAUGACUAUGACUGUGACAAUGGCGAGUCUCAAACCCAAACCGAUGCCACCCAGAUGCCCUUACCUUCCUCAUUCAUUGAACUCGACAAGAUUCUUCAAGUCCUUGUCUCUCACCAGUCCUUCAGUGGGAGCCCCGACACUGCUGGAUCAAUUCGACCCGACGAUCCCAGUAGAGCGAGCCGUACAUCCGCCCAGCUCAUGGUACACCGACCCUGCCCUUUACGCUCAAGAACUCGACUCCAUUUUCUACCGUGGCUGGCAAGCUGUAGGUCAGCUCCUUUUUCACCGGCAGGCAUGGACAUAUGGGUUAGACGGUGCCCUUCUUAAGGCACCUAGGAUAACAGGAAUACAGAACUUCAAUAAACAUGAGUUUGGGCUUACACCAAUAAAAGUAGCUACUUGGGGACCGUUUGUUCUUGCAAAUAUGGAGCCAGAGGUUGACAGUGAUGCAGCGGUUUCUGCGAGCGAAUGGCUUGGGAGCUCUUCAGAUGUACUGAUUAAAUAUGGGGUUGAUUCAUCAUUAAGUUUUAUUUGUAGACGUGAAUAUACGAUUGAAUGUAACUGGAAGGUCUAUUGUGAGUUUGUGACAACUACUUGGAUGGAGGAUAUCAUGUGCCUUACGCACAUAAAGACCUAGCAUCUGGUCUCAAGCUCGAUAGUUACUCUACCAAAGUAUAUGAAAAGGUCAGCAUUCAUAUAAGAAUGCAGAUUUAAAGGCGAACAAAGGCAGAGCUUAUUACUAAGAUUCCUAUCUCACUUAGGGGUCCUGAUGAUCGAUAUGUAUGGCAUUUCGAACGGAGAGGGUGUUUUAC